AUGGCGGCUCUUCUGGGCAGAUUCUGCCGGAGAUCGUGUUUUCCGGUCUCUGGUCAUGGAAUUAGGAUGUUUUCGACGGUUGAAAAUGUUUCCGAAAAUGGCAAAUCGAUGAAUUUAUACUCUGCUAUCAAUCAAGCGCUUCACAUCGCUUUAGAAACCGAUCCUCGGUCUUAUGUGUUUGGGGAAGAUGUUGGAUUUGGUGGUGUGUUUCGUUGUACAACCGGUUUAGCUGAACGGUUUGGGAAAUCACGAGUUUUCAACACACCUCUUUGCGAGCAAGGCAUUGUUGGUUUUGGCAUUGGUUUAGCAGCAAUGGGAAAUCGAGUUAUUGCGGAAAUUCAGUUUGCGGAUUAUAUUUUCCCAGCUUUUGAUCAGAUUGUUAAUGAGGCUGCAAAGUUUAGAUACCGAAGUGGAAACCAGUUUAACUGUGGAGGACUUACAAUAAGGGCACCGUAUGGGGCAGUUGGUCACGGUGGACAUUACCACUCGCAGUCUCCUGAAGCUUUCUUCUGUCAUGUCCCUGGUAUCAAAGUUGUUAUCCCUCGAAGUCCGCGGGAAGCUAAGGGACUAUUAUUGUCAUCCAUCCGUGAUCCAAAUCCCAUUGUCUUUUUUGAACCAAAGUGGCUGUAUCGUCAAGCGGUAGAAGAUGUCCCUGAGGAUGACUAUAUGAUACCUUUAUCAGAGGCAGAGGUUAUAAGAGAAGGUAGUGACAUAACCCUUGUUGGAUGGGGAGCACAACUCACUAUCAUGGAACAAGCAUGUCUCGACGCAGAAAACGAAGGAAUAUCAUGUGAAUUGAUAGAUCUCAAGACUCUGAUCCCUUGGGAUAAAAAAAUCGUUGAGUCCUCAGUGAGGAAGACCGGAAGGCUUCUAAUUAGUCAUGAAGCUCCCAUUACAGGAGGCUUUGGAGCUGAGAUCGCUGCAACUAUUAUUGAACGUUGCUUCUUGAGGUUAGAAGCACCUGUAAGCAGAGUAUGUGGUCUAGAUACUCCUUUCCCUCUUGUGUUCGAACCUUUCUACAUGCCAACCAAGAACAAGAUAUUGGAUGCAAUCAAAUCAACUGUGAACUACUAA